AACAAACUUUGUAUUUCAGGCUAAGCCCAUGGUGAAGUAUAGAUACGAAAAGCAGAACCCUAUUAAAACCAAAUUAUACGGAUAUCUGUCUAAUAAUACUACGAAAACACAGUUACUGAGUUUGAUACCGUUAGCAGCAUUUACCAAAAUGAAAACCCGAUUCGAGAACACGAUGAAUCCCUAAACGAAGCGCAUUACGAUUUCGUGUUGGAUCGUCGUCUUUAAUACUUCAAUGGCUACCGAUAAGCAAGCCUGGUUAUUGUUUCCAGAGUUCAGCACCAAAGAGACAUGCUGAUUCGGGCGUCAAACGUCAAACCAUUGACCGAAAAAGGCAAAAGAAAACGAUCAAUAAACGGAAUGAUGCUAAAAUGGAAACAAAUAGCCACCCACAAACCAAUGGUUUGGGUUCUUCUGGUGGGCAGACAUCUGUUGUUUCGGAGCAGCGUCGUUGUGCCUUCUGCCAUUCAUCUAAGCAGACAGAGGGGAGUGGACCGUUUGUGGCGUAUGCUCAAGGGAAGGAAGUAACAGGAAAUGUGGAUAAUUUCUCCAACGUUAUACAUGUUCAUUUAACAUGCGUAAGCUGGACUCCUAAGAUUUAUUUUAAGAAUGGAUUUAUCAAGAACCUAGAAUCAGAAAUCAUAAGGGCAAACGAUCUAAAAUGCAGCAGUUGUGGUAAAAAAGGAGCUGGUCUUGGCUGCUAUACGGUGUCGUGCAAAAAAACUUACCACGUGCCUUGUGCAUAUGACAUUCCUGGUUGCAGAUGGGAUGAUGACUUUUUGUUGCUGUGCCCAGAGCAUGCAUCUGAAAAGUUUCCAAGUGAAGAGAAGGCAAAACCUGGGAAGAAAGACACUGAGAAAGGCAAAACAUUGUCGAGUUAUGGAAAGAAUUUGGUGUUAUGUGGUUCAGGUCUUUCUUCAGAUGAAAAGUUUGAUCUCGUUGAUUUUGCAAGCAGCAGUGGUGCAGUAGUGUCGAUAUUCAGAGAUAAUGUCACCCAUGUGAUUGCCGCCACAGAUUCAAAAGGUGCCGGCGCAAGAACAUAUAAACUGUUAAUGGCCAUUUUGCAUGGAAAAUGGAUUCUUACAAUGGGAUGGGUAAAAGCUUGUAUGGAAGCUAGAAAGCUUGUGAACGAAGAACCGUAUGAAGUUCUUCUUGACAACCAUGGUUCUUAUGGAGGCCCUAAAGAAGGGAGAUUAAGAGUUCAAAAUAAUGCUCCAAAGCUUUUCAACAACUUGAAUUUCUACUUCAUUGGGGACUUUUUGUCGACUUAUAAAGCUGAUCUUCUAAACUUGGUUACAACUGCCGGAGGCACGGUUAUCGAGACCCGGGAUCGGUUAUUACUAUCAAGUCAUGAAGAAGAUACAAAAGCAAAUGUGAAUGAAGUUACUUUGGUUGUUUACAAUGCUGACUUUUCAUAUAAUCCUGGGUUUGAAGAUGAAACUGCCUUGAAAUGCCGAGUGUUAGAUGAAGCAGAGGAUUUAGCUCAAGAAGUCGGGUGUCAGGUUGUUCCCCAUAUAUGGAUUUUGGAUUCAAUUGCUUGUGGUUUACAACCUUCUAUACCAAGGCACUAACUAUAUCUAAUAGGCUUGUGGUUUAAACGCUAACUUGCAUACAUGUUUUUGGGUGUUUUAGGUUGUAUGCGUAGCCGAUUGUUGAACAUUAUAAGCAAGCUAAAUAGCUUUGGGUUGUAUAUUGGUUUUGAUUAUGGGGAUGAAUUGACAUGAGUUGGUUUAUAUUUUUGCUUUGAUUAA